UCAGAGGGCUUGGUAAGCCCUUCUAGGUUGCCUGAUGAAUGCCUGAGCCCUGCCAAGUUUUUAAGGUUCCAAAAGCGGCAUUCCGCAUUGGUCGUAGCAAUGUGGGUCCUAUGGCUUCGGGCCCAGUAGCUUUCCUGAAUCUUCCGAAGGAUCGGCACCAUUGCCCGCUUCGUUCAUCAAUCCAAAUUCUAUCUCUUGAGGGGAUUUAAUAUACUUGCAGAUCCGGACAAGUGCUCCGUAGUGAGCGGUACUAUAAUUUCAAGCUUACUGCGUUAUCUGAAGAUGUUCUAACCUUCUUUGUGUAGGAAAUUUGUCUUUUUGUUCAAAGAGCCUUAUGUGUCCGGUAUUAUGAUGGAAUGUUUCACCGUAGAAUAUCCGUUAUCAGUUACUCAAUACGAUCCUUAUUGAUAGAGAAUCUGUUUAUCUUCAUUGUUGAUCUAUAUGCCCCCUUUGUUGCCAGGAAACCCUUAUCACCUUUUUACGGUCAAGCGAUGAAUGUCUUUCAAGGGAUCUACUCAAAAGGGGUUAUAUGAGGAUCUGGAUAGUAUAAGACCGGAGCGGGUUAACUUCGGGUCGGGAGAUGAGAAAGGUAGAAGCGUACCGAAAUGGACACAUAAACGAAAGCGUGUUGAAGAGAAGACUCCGCAAAAAGAAGUUUAAGAAUGCCCCAGUCUAAAGAUAGGAUCUUCGCUUACUCCGUCGAAAACCGAGAACCUGAGGCACUUCCAUUUUUGUGAUGGGUGUUUGUUGAAACCUCGAGGUUCAAGUAUCGAAAAGCUAAACUAUCUUCUUUUUCGCUCUCCCACCCUCUUCCUUUCCUUCUUCGUCUUGAUUCUCGUCAAUAAAUGAACCAAACAAUCUAUGAUUGUUAUACUCCGAUCUCAAAUUCUAUAAAGUCUAAAGAAUAUUUUUUUGUUGAGUUCCUUGCGAAAUUUGGGGAAAUGCAAGACCUGGGUCUUCUGUUUGGUGAGGCUGAUAUUCAUGGUUGAAUCUGGUGUUCAUAGUGGUUGCUCUCCC